AUGGCACCUACUUUAAAAAAUUCAGAUACAAGAAACUACUAUAAGCAAUCCUACACUAAAGAUGAGUGGGAUGAAAUUGUUAAUAAAUGUUCGUUAAAGUACAAUUACUUGAACAAUUCAAACAUUAACUCACAUUACAUCUAUGAGAAUGGUCUUUCAACAAAGUCUACCUUUAGUGAACCUUCUGUUCCAAAGCUUUUGUUGAACUAUUUUAUUUGCAUGGCUUAUGAAGAAUCUUCGAUAAGAAUGGCAAAAGAGCUAGGUUACAUUAAAAACAAUAAAGAUAUUAAAGACUUCACUGAAUUAUAUAAGAUUAAAGAACGUUCGAGGAUUAAGAAAUUGAUAAAGUUAGGUGAAAUAUCAUUGGCAAUUGAAAAAAUUAAUGAAUUAUUUGGUAUCGAAGUGUUGGAGCCCAAGAAUGUUGCAAAUUCUACUAAAAGUUUCAUUACAAUAGACGAAAAGAAUAAAAAUUCUGAGGAUGACCUUCAUUUCAAGCUAUUGCUUUUGAAUCUAAUCGAAAUGAUAAGAAAUCAUAAUAAUAAGUUGAAAAAUAACCAAACAGAUUCAACUGAAAGUAACAACAAGGAUUUCAUCCUAGAUUUAAUUGAAUAUGCUCAAAAUAAAUUAGCUUUAAAGGCUUCAUCAAAUGAAGAAUACAUGAAAGAUUUAGAACUCGUGAUGACCCUUCUUUUAUUUCCAAUGAAUGAAACAAAGUCGAAUAAUAUGAAACUCCCAAAAGUUUUAAACGAUUAUUAUUCCUUAUCAUUGAGAUCAAAAUUAGCUGAUAUCGUAAAUCGAAGAUUGUUAAAGCAUAUACAUCCUUCGAUUGUGAAAAGAGAUGAAACUCUAUUAAGAUUCCCAGAUUUAUUAGUCUCUAAGGAUUCAUCGAUACUAAAUAGUGAAUUAUCAAAACAUCACGAAAUGUUAAGCGUAAGGUCAAAAGAAAGCUCAAAGUUUCAAAUCACAACUGAAAAGCUAUCUAAAAAUGUUGAUAAACCUUCGAGUUACUUAAAUUCAGAAAUUGAAAGUACUGAACAUUGGGGCAAGACGUCAGAGUUGAUCAGAAAUCAAUACUCUGAUAUUAAAUCAAGAGAUUACAAUAUUUCAGAAAUACAAUACGAAGCAAAAUUAAUACAGUUACUGAAGUUAUGGAUUUGGUGUGAAAAUGAAUUGCAUCAGAGUUAUAUUGGUGUACCUAGUAUAGAAAGUAGCAUAUAA